AUGUUCGCAUCCCAGGACACCGAAAUCAAGCUGGUCUCCUCAGACAGUCGAUGUCUCAGUGCCGUCAUCUACAGGCCGGGCGACCGAGCAGCCGCUCUGCUUUCUCACAACGACCCUAACGACAUCCAAACGCUGCGCAAUCCAGGUCUGAAGUCACCCCACCUUCUGCACCCUCUGAUGACCGCAAAGCUGCGAUUCCAGACCUCCAUGCCCUGCUCCACCAUCUGUAAUCUCAUCACAAUGCGGUGCGAGCGAAUUCGUUCGGCCAAGGUGGUCCAGCUAUCU